ACUCCACUCAGGGAUCCACUGGAGGUGUCUUCAGUUCAUUCUCCAGUCCCACUGCUGUUUUGCCUCCCAGAACUCCAUCAUGUCCUUCAGUGCUGACCAGAUUGCCGAAUUCAAGGAGGCAUUUCUCCUCUUCGACAGAACCGGUGAAUGCAAGAUCACCUUAAGUCAGGUGGGCGACGUCCUCCGGGCUCUGGGCACCAAUCCCACCAAUGCAGAAGUCAAGAAGGUUCUCGGGAACCCUAGCAAUGAAGAGAUGAAUGCUAAGAAAAUCGAGUUUGAACAGUUUCUGCCCAUGAUGCAAGCCAUCUCCAACAACAAGGACCAGGGAGGCUAUGAAGAUUUCGUUGAGGGUCUGCGUGUCUUCGACAAGGAGGGCAAUGGCACCGUCAUGGGUGCUGAGCUCCGCCAUGUCCUCGCCACUCUGGGAGAGAAGAUGAAGGAGGAGGAGGUGGAAGCAUUGCUGGCGGGCCAGGAGGACUCCAAUGGCUGCAUCAACUAUGAAGGUACAGCCAGCCUCCUCUCAUUAAGGAUAGAUCCCUUUCCAACUUUAUUCUCCCCUUCUUUAUUGACGCAUGUGCUUAUUCUUUUGUGAAACACAUCAUGUCCGUCUAAAAGGAGAAUUCA